AAAAACAAAUAUCCCUGAGCCUGUGAGCCAUCACCGCCCCGGCCUUUUCCCGAACGCCGACCACCAUGGCCGCCGACCUUAGCUCCGACCUCCCCAAUGGGGCCCCGGCCGCCGCCGACCGGAAGAAAUCGCGGGAGAAUGAGCGCCGCCGCCGCCGCCGGAAGCAGAAGAAGAACAAGGCCCCGUCCGACGUCGCCGCCGCCGCCGCAGAUGCCGCCGACGCGGGCGAGGAUGACGUGCCCGAUUCCAAACCCCCGGUGGAGAUCGAGGUCGAGUACGUGCCGGAGGAGCCGGACCUCGCGGACGGCCUCCUCGCUGACUUCAAGAGCAUAUUCGAGAAGUUCACCUUCAAGGACUCCCCUGCCGCCGCCGAGGAUGGGGAGAAGAAGGAUGAGGCUGGCGCCGACGCGGCGAAGAAGGGGUCAGGGUCGGAUUCCGACGAUGACGAGCAGGACGGCCAGCAGAAGAAGAAGGAAGGUGGCAUCUCCAAUAAGAAGAAGAAGCUGGAACAAAGGAUGAAGAUUGCAGAGCUGAAACAGAUAUGCAACAGGCCUGACGUCGUUGAAGUCUGGGAUGCAACUGCCUCAGAUCCCAAGUUACUUGUCUAUCUGAAGUCCUACAGGAACACUGUACCUGUCCCAAGGCACUGGUCUCAAAAGAGGAAAUUCUUGCAGGGCAAGAGAGGUAUUGAGAAACAACCGUUCCAACUUCCUGACUUCAUUGCUGCAACUGGAAUAGAAAAAAUAAGACAGGCAUAUAUCGAGAAAGAGGAUAGCAAAAAAUUGAAGCAAAAGCAGCGGGAGCGUAUGCAGCCAAAAAUGGGGAAGAUGGAUAUAGAUUAUCAGGUUUUGCACGACGCCUUCUUCAAAUAUCAAACAAAACCAAAAUUGAGUAGUCAUGGUGACCUGUAUUAUGAAGGGAAAGAGUUUGAGGUCAAACUUAGAGAAAUGAAGCCAGGUAUGCUGUCAAGAGAACUUAAAGAAGCUCUUGGCAUGCCUGAUGGUGCGCCACCUCCAUGGCUUAUAAACAUGCAGAGAUAUGGUCCUCCACCCUCUUAUCCUUCGCUGAAGAUUCCUGGUCUGAAUGCUCCAAUUCCUCUUGGUGCUACUUUUGGUUACCGACCUGGGGAAUGGGGAAAGCCUCCUGUGGAUGAGCAUGGACGCCCCCUCUAUGGAGAUGUCUUUGGCAUCCUACAGCAGGAUGAACCUAAUUAUGAUGAGGAGCCUGUUGAUCGCAGCAAGCACUGGGGAGACUUGGAGGAGGAAGAGGAGGAGGAGGAAGAAGAGGAGGAGGAAGAGGAAGAUGAACCAAUGGAAGAUGAUGAAAUGGAGGAAGGCAUUCAGUCUGUCGAAACCAUGUCUAGCACUCCCACUGGUAUUGAAACACCUGAUGCUAUAGAUCUUCGGAAGCAACAGAGGAAAGAGCCUGAAAGGCAAACCGAAAAACAGCUAUACCAGGUUCUUGAGCAGAAAGAGGAAAGAUUUGCAACUGGGGCACUCUAUGGAUCAAGCCAUACGUAUGUGGUUGGGGCACAGGAUAAAGCUGGCGUUAAAAGGGUUGAUCUUCUAAAGAAUCAGAAGUCUGACAAAGUGGAUGUCACCAUACAUCCUGAGGAGCUCGAAGAUUUGGAUGAUGUUUUGGCAGCCAAGUACGAAGAAGCACGAGAGGAGGAAAAGCUACGGAACCAGAAGGAAGAUUUCAGCGACAUGGUGGCAGAGAACGCGAGCAAGAGGAAGAGGAAGCACGAGAAGGACGGGAAAGCUUCAAAAAAGAAAGACUUCAAGUUCUAGAUGUCGCAGUCGGGUUACAAUUUUUUUUAUUCAGAAGGAUGUUUUCCAUUUCUUCUUGAAGGCUGUACUUUUAAGAUGUAUGUAUACGUAUGCAUGUAUGAGCUACUACCUCUGGUCUGAAUUAAUCGACGCGCACUCUGCCUAGCCAUUGUUUACUUCUGGCGUUACCCGCGUCGAUUAAUUAAGAACGGAGGGAGUAGUUGUCUGUCGAUCGUCCUAGCAAUCAGCCUGUCCGUGGGGCUGGCGAUGGAACUAACAGAUAGAUGAUGAUGAAUAUGUAUGCGGUUGUAGUCAAUAAUUCAUGUCAACACCUUAUUAUGCUGAGGUUAAUUGUUAGCACAAUAUAGUUUUGUGGUGAAGAGUAAAUCAA